AUGUCAUCUACAGAAUUUUCAAUUUCGCAUUCGAACUUGGGUGUGCUUCUUGAAAAGCAUAAAGGUACAUAUGCAAGAUUUCGAUGGACUCGUUCUUGGGAUUUUAUAAUGGGAACGAUAUGCUACACCGUUACUUAUACCGGUUACAACACGUACGGUGUCGAAAGUAAUCCCGGAGUAAUACAAUACAUGCUGGUGGGGAUAUUUGUCGGACUGCCCAUAUUUUAUACUCAUAUAUUUCUUGGGCAAUACUGUCAAAUGGGGAUGUUAAAUUUUCGUCAUAUAAUGCCGAUGGCUAGAGGAAUAAUGUAUACGUUUUUGGUGUGCGUUUUAAUGAAAACAAUUCGAUUCGGAUGCGCGCUAACCGACACGAUUUUAUAUCUUUUAAUGUCUUUCCAACGAAAUUUGCCGUGGUCAAGAUGUCCUAAAGGAUACGAAGAUGUUUGUAGUGGAAAUAAUUCUUCAGCUGGGUAUCCACAUACUGCCUACGUAUUUUGGAGAUACAUUUACUCGGGAAAUCCAACUUUGGAUAUGCAAAAGAUUUCGUAUUCUAUGCCAUCAUUUAUCAUGGUAACUUGCUUUUCAAUUCAAUGGGUUUUCAUGUUUAUAGUGGCAGUUGCGGCUUAUUGGAAUCAUCUUAAAUUGACGAAAACGUUGUUUUACAUACAUUUUUCAAUUUUAUCCAUUUUAAUGGUAGCUUUAGCUUUCAAAGCGGAAAGCGGCGUCUCACCUUACACUUUAAUUUUUUCUCAAACAUCGGAAUUAUUUCAAUUAGAACCUUGGCUUCUUGCCAUACGAACUGUUCUCGUUAAUUUUUGUUUGGCUGAUUUAUAUAAUAUGUAUUCUGGAGCUCAUUUACCUAAAGGGGCUUUAUCUGGUACUUUAUCCUUUUGUUGUGUGUGUGCAAUAUCGGUGUUAAAUUUAAUGGCUUCUUCGCUAUCGUAUAUUUGUUAUAGCAUAAUAAAUAAACAAUAUCCUUCUGGUAUAUCUGUGAAACAUCCUCACGAACUCAGUGCGGGAGUUGCGCAUAUCCUCAUCAUCAUCCCCCAAGCUAUAAGUACUCUAACCGUCCCUCAAUUAUGGUCCUCGUUAUUUUUUAUAUCGUGCAUUUGUUUAAUUGUCUCAAAUCAAAUGCUUCAUUUAUUCAGCAUACAAAUGACCAUCACGGAUAUGUACCCCAACUUUGCAAAAUAUAGAACAUAUCUUUUAGCGGGUUGUUGUUUAUUUGGUUGUGUCGCCGGAAUACUUCUCCAAUCAAAAACAAUAUAUGUAGCUGCAAAAUAUGCCAUAGAAAAUGCGAUGGACAAUCUCGUCGUGAUUUGUAACCUUAUUUGGACCGUUACUAUUUACUGGGUGUACGGCGUAAGCACAUUAUCCGAUGAUAUACAAUUCCUAAUGGGAACACAACCAACGAAAUUUUGGAAAAUAACCUGGUAUUUAGUACCCUCCAUUUUAGUCCUAACUAUAAUCGCUUAUUUCUCGCUUCACGCCACAAUGCAUCAAAAUUAUAUCUUUAUAAACGUAUGUAUGUUGAUGAUGUUGGUAACGCCGUUUGCCUUUUUUUUUGUCUCGGAAUUAUUCGUCAGUAUAAAAAGGAAGAAUUUAUUGGGAACCUUUCAAGCGCACAGAAAAUGGGGACCGCCGGAUCUCGAAGACCGCAUUUAUAGAAAAUUUUUUAACCCAUCUACAGAAACUAAGUAUCAAGCUCACAAAUUGAUAUGUCAUCAUAAUUGUUUAUUGUCGAGUCCAGUUUUAAGGAACGUUGUUCAUCAAGAAAACGCGUUAAGAGAUAAUUAUUUUAACGUAUCUUCGAAAACUGAGGUAAUGGAUGGAUAUGAAACUCAAUCGAGUAUUGUUGGCAGUACUUCAAUGUAG